AUGAGCAAGGAUGUUCGAGUAAUCUGUAAUAUCAAUACCGGAGUUCGGGCUCAGGCCCACCAUUACUCUUGGAAGAUGAUGGACUUGAAUACUACUAUCAUGAAGCUGCAAUUGCCGGGGAAGACUGUUGUGUUCGAGUACUACUUUGACCAGCGCGUCGGAGGUGGCCAAAGCGACAGAAUUUACUUGGACUAUAUGCCUUUUGGCCUCCGGAUAGAUGCAUCACUGACAAUCACACGCUUAUAG